AUGCUUUGCUUUGGUCAAAGAUUCUACUCUAAUAGGAUUCCAGGUGUUCCAUAUUCAUCGGGUGCAAGAAGUACUCUUGAUAUAUUUCAAUAUUUAUCAUCACUAUCUAGAAAUGAUUUAGAAGAAUUAUAUAGUGAUACAUUUACAUGUCAAGCUAUAUUACGGUCAUUACCACCAAGAUGUAAACAAUAUAUAUUAAAGAUGCUAUUGAUUGAGAGUAUACAAGUAAACAAUGUAUCAUCAUGGACAGCGCAGUCAAACAAACAAACACAUUUAGAAUCAUUGGAAAGACUAGAGGAUCUAAAGAUUCUAAUUAAACAAGAAUUUCAAUCGAAUAUAAAGGAAUCUAUAACGAAUAUGAAAAAUGUAGUUGUAUCAGCAGUUGAAAGAGUAGAACCUAACUUACAGAUGAGUGUAGAUCAAUUAGAUAGCUAUUCAAAGAGUCAAUGGGAGAAAGUACUCUAUUUCUUAUCGGACGACAGUGAAACACCACCUGAACUAAUUGCUGAUCUAUUGGCACUAUCAAAUCUUACGAAAUUGAAUGAUGGAUCAAUGGUGAUUACAAGUGAAGGUUUUAAAUUCCUUUUAAAAGAUAUUUAUACACAAAUAUGGACAUUGAUUAUUGUUUAUUUAAAUUCAUUAGAGACAAGAGGUAAAUCAAGAAGAGAUGCAUUGGCAUUCUUGUUUAAACUUAGUUUCUUAUCACUUGGAAGUGCAUACUAUGUAAAUGAUCUAACAGAAGAUGAAAAGAGUUUAUUAUUCGAUCUAAGACAAUUUGGAUUAGUUUAUAUAAGAUCUGAGAAAUCAGAGAUAUUCUAUCCAACUAGAUUAAUUAUAUCUUUGACGACAGGUAAAACAGUGACUGUAAUUAAAGAUCUUGCAAAAGAGAUGUCAAACACACAAAAGGAACAAGGUUAUAUUAUAUUGGAGACAAACUUUAGAAUCUAUGCAUACACUGCAUCGUCACUACAGAUAUCACUGCUGAGUCUGUUUGUAAAGAUGCUCUACAGACUACCGAAUCUAUCAGUCGGUAUCCUAACAAGAGAGAGUAUAAGAACUGCUUUCUUACAUGGUAUCACUGCUGAUCAAAUUGUAGAUUUCAUUAAACAAAACGGACAUCCAAAUAUGCUGAAGGUCGGUGCACCAGAGAUUGUAUUCGAACAGAUUAGAAUUUGGGAGAAUGAAAGAAAUAGAAUUCUCUACAAGAAAGCAGUACUCUUUGAUUCAUUCCCAACACAGGAAUCAUUCAAUAUGACUCUACAGUAUGCUAAAGAUCUGUCAUUCUACAUGUGGGCAUCGGAAGCCAAGAAAGUAUUGGUUGUUAGUGACAAUGGUUUCGAUGCAAUUAAAAACUAUAUAAGAAAGAACUUUGCAUAA